GCGAGAGGCUGGCGGGCGCAGGGCCCAGCCGGGAGCCUCUGCUCCGGCCUCGCGCGAUCGCGGGGCGGGGCGCGGGCGCGGCCUCCUGCGAGCCCUUGAUGCGGUUGAGGCAGCGCGGGCCAGAGCGGAGCCCGGCCGGGCGGCGGGCGCGGUAGGAGGCGGCAGGGCCGCGGGCCCGGGCCGGUGACUGCGGCGUCCCCACGAUGGACGCCCUAGAAGAAGAGAGCUUCGCGCUGUCCUUCUCCUCCGCCUCUGAUGCAGAAUUUGAUGCUGUAGUUGGAUGUUUAGAGGACAUUAUUAUGGAUGACGAGUUCCAGUUACUGCAGAGGAACUUCAUGGACAAGUACUACCAGGAGUUUGAAGACACAGAAGAGAAUAAACUCACCUAUACCCCCAUUUUUAAUGAAUAUAUUUCCCUGGUAGAGAAGUACAUUGAAGAGCAGCUGCUGGAGCGUAUCCCAGGCUUCAACAUGGCGGCUUUCACAACAACACUGCAGCACCAUAAGGAUGAAGUGGCUGGUGACAUCUUUGAUAUGCUGCUCACAUUCACGGAUUUUCUGGCUUUCAAGGAGAUGUUCCUGUACUACAGAGCAGAAAAGGAAGGCCGAGGACUGGACUUGAGUAGCGGCUUGGUCGUGACUUCUCUGUGCAAGUCAUCCUCUACACCAGCUUCCCAGAAUAACCUGCGGCACUAGGUCCCACCUUCAGACGUGGGUGUGAUCACUGUGAGGUCACCAGCCCAGCCGGCUCAGAGAAACAUGGGCUAAUGAUACAGAUGCGUCUUGUCAAGUAUUGAUGAGUCCUGAAAACAUGACUGACCCUCCUGGCCCUUGUCCAGAAACACCUUGUAGUGGGUCACCUUCGUGUCCAUCCCUCCUGUCCCAAUGCAGGCACCUCUCAGGUGCUUCUGAGUAACUCCUGGAGCAGGCCCAUGUUGGCCACCUCCCCUGGGGGCCUUCCCAGCAGUGUGGUAGUAUAGUGUGUCAGUAUGGACAGCACACCACCAUGAGCCCGUUAUCUGGCAGGCUUUACAUGAAUUCUUGUACACCCACAACUGUUUUUACACGGGUCAGCUUCAGUCCCCAGCCUCAAAGGGGUUUUGUUUGGGAGUGUUUAUCUAGGGAAGUUACUGGGUCCUGAUUUCUGAAUCUCCUGGGAAAGAUGUCCUCUACCCACAAGUGCAAAGGAACUCCCGAUCUUACAUUAGCCAUCCUUUCAACAGCAAGAUCUGCUGUUCUUGCUGUAGUCCCACUGUCCCUCUAAGUCUCUAAGCAUUGGUUUCAAGAAACCUAUUUUUAUAGAUGAAAACUCAGGCUAACCUAGUGAGUAUGAUCUUGGAACUCCCAUGAUCAACCACUUAAAAGAUCAAAGUAUUAUAUGCCGUGUGCUCUUUAGUUGUGAGUGCUGCGAGUGCAAAUCUGCUUUCCAGUUUAGUGGCCCUCUUCUUGGGUACCAGUGCAAACAGACUGCAGGCCAGAAACAGGCUGCAGCUGUCUGUCCCACAGCAUGCUAAGUGUGUUUGUGCAUGCCUGUCUGCAGUCCAUUGUGUAGGCCAGUGAGCUGGGUUUUCUGCUGGAGUGCAGGGACUCUGCAGUGUGUUCCUGUGAGUCUCUCCUGCCAAGUUGAUGCUUCCCUGAUCCAGCUCAGCCUGGGGGGAGGGGCAGUACAGGUUUCUUUUUUUUUGUUAUCUGUCAUCUUUGGUGGACUGUCACCAACCAGAAAGUAUGUGUGUCACAUCUCUAGGAAGAAGAAAACAGUUCAGUUCAUAAUGUAUACUUUUGACUUUAACUUUUAUAGUAAAACUAAGAAUCCACACCAACUUUCCAUGUGACUAUUCUGACUUUACAGAAUGUAAGCUAAGAGCUGUUUUUCUGUAGCAACGUGUCACUUUGUGCUUUUGUAAAAUGAGUAAAAUUUGAGAUGUUUGGCAAGA